AUGUUACUAAUAUUAUUUCUGAACUCUCAACAAUUAACGAAUUCACUGACAGUGAAAUUUACAAAAUUCGUAUGUUUUGCAUUCGACAAACCCUUUGCCGACAUACCAAAGUGUUAUUUAAAAGCACUGGCACGUGAUACAGUCGGUCUAGACCUUCAUGUGCGAUUGCAUCAAGUACCAGUUAAUAAUGUGUCGUUCAAUGCAGCAUUUUUGGUUAAGGGUUCUACACAAAAUUAUCGCCCAUUUCUCUACAACAGUACUCUCGAUUUUUGUAAAUUUAUAAAAAAUUCCAAUCGCUAUCCUUUUUGGAAAAUAAUUUAUUAUAUAAUUAAACCAGCUUCGAAUAUCAAUCAUACCUGUCCCUACAAUCAUGACAUAAUUGUGAAGAAUUUAACCUUAGAUAGCAGCAUGUUUAAAAUGAUUCCAUUUCCAUCUGGCGAUUAUUUGGUGAUUUUAAGGGUAGCGGCAUAUAAUCAUUAUAAAGCGGAAGUUCGUGCGUACUUCAGCUUAAAAGAAUAA